AAAAUCCGCCCUCGUUCUCAUGCUAAAUCUUCCGCUUUCGUUUAAUGCGCUUGUUCUCACUCCCUCUCUCCCUUUCCAACGUCGCCGUUUCCAGAAACACAAAGUUCAUGGCUCAAUCAGUGGGUAGCAACACUGGAAAGAAGCUUAUUCGAAUCGACGUGAGUUCAGACCCGGUGUGUCCGUAUUGUUUUGUGGGCAAGAAAAAUCUUGACAAAGCAAUGGGUUUAUCAAAGGAUCAAUACGAUUUCGAGAUUAGAUGGCAUCCAUUUUUCCUUAAUCCUGAUGCUCCAAAAGAUGGCAUGAUUAAGAAAGACUUCUACAUGAGAAAGUAUGGACCUUCGUCUGAACAAAUGGAAGCUCGGACAGCUCAGGUAUUUCGAGGUCUUGGAUAUGACUAUGACACGUCUGGGCUCAUAGGGCCUACCCUGGACGGCCACAGACUCUUGACAUUUGCAGGCCAUCAGGGCUAUGAUAAGCAACAUGCUCUUAUGGAGGAGUUGUGCCUAGGAUACUUUACAAAGGGCAGGUUCAUUGCUGAUCCGGAAUUUCUAGCAGAGGCUGCUAGAAAGGCUGGAGUAGAAGGAGCAGCAGAGUUCCUUGAAGACACUAACAAUGGAGUCAAGGAGGUUUAUGAACAACUGGAGAAAUAUUCAUCAAACAUUUCAGCAGUCCCGCACUUUGUGAUUAAUGACAAACUCAAGCUAAGCGGUGCCCAACCACCUGAGGCAUUCCUGAGAUAUUUUCAAGCGGCCACAAAUUGAGAAUAAUUUGAGACCAUAGUUUCAAUUGUGAUGGUUCUCUGUGAGAGGUGCAACUCAUCUUCUGAACCCUG